AUGCCACUCAAAGACAUCCUGCACAGACACGGCAAAGACCAGAGUCAAGACAACAACAACAACACAUUAUCUCCUCAAGAAUUCACCUUCAUCCGAACAGACACCCACACUCAGGAAAUCAUCACCCCUUCUACCCUCAACACCUCCAUCGCGAACACUGCUGCAAUAGGAGGACCAGAAGAAACCCAAUCCCCAACAACACCCACAACCCCCCGCCGCAAAUCAUUCUUCCGGCGCCGCUCACACGUCUCUUCUUCCGAGAAUCUUGCUUCCCCCCCUGGAGGAAAUCAUCACAGCCGCAAGUCUCUCUCCCGCAGCGGCAGUACAAGCUCGGUAAACAUACCGGCUGAUCUGCCGCAAAUCGAUGCGGAGAAUGUAAUCGAUGAGCAAGAACGAGAAGCGCAGUGGGAGAAACGGGCUACGAGGCUUGUGCAGGGGAAUCCGCGGAUUGGGGGAGGUGUUUCGCCUGACCGAGUUUCGCAGAGUGCCGGCACUGGUGGUGCUGGUGCUGGUGCUGGUGCUGGUGCGGUAAAUUUUUCGUAUUUGCAGCCUAAUCAAGGCCAGCAGAGGUCGAGGAGUAGAAGUACUAGUUCGGGUGUUUCGGAGCCGCAGGCUGAUAUUAAUAUACAAGAAGCGAUUCGGCUUCAUGAGAAUGGGGAACUCGAAAAAUCGACACAACUAUUCGGCAUCCUCGCUGACCCCAACGGCUCCAAUAAUGCCAUAGCCCAAGUCCUCUACGGCCUCGCACUUCGCCAUGGCUGGGGUUGUCCCCCCGACCUUCCCAAAGCCGUAACCUAUCUAUCUGCCGCUGCCGCCAACUCAGCCUCCAUCGAAACCCUUGCCCUCGAAGCUGGUCUCAAAAAGGGCGGCGCCGCAAAGGGCGAACUCGUGCUCGCAAUCUACGAGCUUGCGAACUGCUUUCGAAAUGGUUGGGGCAUCGAGAAGGAUCCCGUUGCGGCGAGAUUGUAUUAUGAGACUGCGGCUAAUUUAGGGGAUACGGAUGCUAUGAAUGAGUGUGCGUGGUGUUAUUUGGAGGGGUUUGGGGGGAAGAAGGAUAAGUUUACGGCGGCGAAGUAUUAUCGGCUCGCUGAGCAGAAUGGGAAUAAAACGCUGGGUAAUUCUUGGAUUUGGAAAGAUAAAUACAAUCCCAAAUAA